AUGCCUUUGGUCGAUCACAAUCAUCAACGUGAGUUAGCUAACUACCAUCAACAAGAACAACGACAACAUGAUACACGAUGGGAAAACAGGUUUCGUGUUGACCUUCCGGAGUUUCACGGUGGCAUCCGAGGUGAUCAAUUGCUGGAUUGGUUACUUGCCGUGGAAGAAAUAAUUGAUUUUAAAGGCGUUCCUGAUGAUCGUCAAGUCGCGUUAGUCGCAACCAAGUUUCGAGGACAUGCUGCUUCUUGGUGGCAACAAACAAAGGCGACGCGUGCUCACAGCGGUAAAGCACCAAUUCGUUAUUGGGAAAAAUUGAAGAAGGCACUGAAGGCGACCUUCCUUCCUCAUAACUAUGAUCGACUACAAUACACCAAAUUUCAGAAUUUGAAGCAAGGUCCUCGUUCAGUGGAUGAUUAUGCCAAAGACUUCUACUUGAUGCUUACAAGGAUCAAAACUUACGACACUCCGGUUCAGCUAGGCUCACGGUUUAUUGGCGGUCUACGUGCACAACUUCAGAACGCCUUGAUACCGUUUUAUCCUACUACAGUUGCUGAAGCUCAUCGUCGAGCUGCGUCAUUUGAGCAACAACAAAAUCUGUUUCUUGGAACCCCUCUACUUCCCGUAUGCGUACAUCUGACCAACAAGUCUCGCCGCUACAGCGUGAGGAUCAGUCAAAGUCAGAACCGCGCGCCACUGUGA